GUUAGCUGUCAUAAAAACAUUAUUAAUGCAAAUAUGCGAAACUUUUAAUGUGGACAGCAGCCACAUGAACUUGAAUAUAGUUUUUUGUUGUUGUUUUUCGUAGUUUUUCAGGGAGUAUUCUGUCAUUUAACUUUACGUCGUUAUUGGUUUUAACUUGAAAUGUUCAAACAGGAAGUGCGAGUUUUUUUUCUUCUUAAUGUAAUGCGGAAGUUUUCUAUUACUUCUUGGUUUCUGCUGGGAAACAUGAGUGAGAUGUGCGUCGAACCUUCGGGAGCGAAGCCAGCGUUUGACUCCCGUUGAAAAACAUGGAGGACGGCCCGGUGCCCGGACGGAACCCGGACUGGAUGGCUCGUAUCCCGGAUGUGCUGAGGGAUGUCCCGCUAUGCGACCUGGCCAUCCCCGGGAGCCAUGACAGCAUGUCCUUCUGCCUGGACGUCUCCUCUCCGGUGGUGGGCUCGGAGUCCUGUCUCCUCAGACUCACCGACCGGCUGCUUCCCUGCCUCACGCGACCCUGCGUUUACCGCUGGGCUACCACACAGCAGUCAGUCCUCAGUGACCAGUGUGAGCUUGGCGUCCGGUUCCUGGACCUGCGAAUUGCUAAGAAGCCCACAGGGGGCGACAAACUGUUCUUCGCUCAUGGCAUCUACACCUUGAUGACGGUGAAGGAGGCGCUGCGCGAACUGGCGCGCUGGCUGGACGCUCAUCCCAAAGAGGUCGUCAUCGUGGCCUGUUCGCACUUUGAUUCUCUGACCGACGCUGAUCACAGCCUUCUGGUGGAGUUCAUCAUUUCCCUCUUCGGAAAGAAGCUGUGUUCUUCCAAGGAAAUUCCCUCUCUGCGCUCCUGUUGGUCCAGAGGUCAGCAGAUCAUCGUUUCCUAUGACAAUAAGCAAAUGGUGGAACGCCACCCUGAACUGUGGGAUAAGAUACCUUACCGGUAUGCAAACAGCCCAGACCCAAAGAAAGUGAUCGCUUAUCUGGAGGCGCAGAAGACCGAAGGAAGACCAGAUGGCUUUUAUGUCUGCGGCCUGAACCUGACGGAGCACGCGCCCUACAUCUUCCUCCAUCCCGGCCAGAGCAUGAGGCGGAUAACGGUGGAGGCCCUGUCAAUCCUGCUGGGCUGGACGGCCCGGCAGCAGCCCGGGCCCAGAGGGGGCGGAGUCAACAUCAUCUGCUGCGACUUCGUGGGGCUCAGUCAAUUCUGCUCAACAGUGAUCGGCCUGAAUUACAAAACGCCGGGCGGAGGGCACCCAACAGGCAGAACUCCAGGGGCGUCUUCCUCAGCCGAGGUCGGAACGAGACGAUAGCAGGGUGGGAAAACCGACCAGUACGGAGCGGUUUCAAGUAUCUGCAUCGGUGAUACUUUGCCAGUAUUUACCUGGUAUCGGAUCGAUACCAAAACUCCACUGGGUUUUGAUUUGCUUCCAUCAAGUGUUUUUAACCUGCAUAAUUACCAGGCUGCAUUUUUCCCCCUUGAGUUCAUGGACAUUCACAAAAAAACUAAAAGUUGCUGUUAUGCAAAAAGUUGCACAGACUUGUAUCUAUUAUGAUCUCAUAUUGACAAAAGAAAUAUUGUAGAUAUUACAUUUUGAAGUCUUAUCAAGCGAUGUAUUUUUAAAAAUGUUUUUAAAGGCUCUGAUGACGGCUAUUCAAAUAACAAAAAAAGUUUAAAAGCCUGCUGAGUAAGCCUUAAAUAGUUUUUGUUCAUAUGUAUAUUAAUGUAAUUCAUCUUUUUUUUUUUUUUUCACUUUACACAAUGUGUUUUUCCUAUCUUACCAUUUGUCUUUUGAUGUUUUACCCAACUUGUUUUCUAAUUUUUUCUGAAAUAAUCUACAUUUCUUUUUACUACUUUGUCCCUGUUUUUGACAUGUUUACAGUAAAUGCUGUAUUAACUAAUGCAGUCUUUUCUGCAAUGAGUAUCUCUUGCACCACUCGGUGCUUUCUGUUCACCUUUUUUAAGACUGGUGACUAAACUUUAGGUGCAUUUCUGUUUCCUGCUGGGCUGGACUCUGUACAUAAGCCAAACUUUUGCGCUAAAAGGGUACUAAUAAGGUGUGUUAUGUUUUUUUAAAGCUUUUUUACUGUAAUGAAUUGGAAUCAACCAGGCUUGCUCUAAUAUAAAAAAGCAUACCCCAA